AUGACAGUUGCCAUCAAGGAUGAAAGUUCAUUUCAUCAACUCUUUCAAUCUCUACCAUUAGAUGAAAAGUUAAUUGAAGAAUAUAGUUGUUCAUAUAAUGAAGGUGGAUCAGUAUCAAUUGGGAGAUUAUAUAUUUCUCAAUAUCAUGUUUCAUAUGCACCAAAACUUGGUAGCACUCAAAUCAUCAUUCCAAUCAAAGACAUUACAUCCAUCUUGAAAAAGAAUUCCGUUUAUUUAUUCCCAAAUGCAAUUGAAAUUUUAACUUCAAAAGAUCAAAGGUUUUUCUUUUCAGCAUUUUUGUCUCGUGAUUUAGCAUUUGCUACAUUGACUACCAUUUUAAACGCUGGUGGAGGAACAAAGACAAAGAUAUUCGAAGACAUGUUGGCAGAACAAGAAAAAUUACAACAACUCCCUUUAAAGUCGUCUGGUGAGGACUUGAUUGUUCAGGAUCUCUACAAUGGCGAUGAUAUUGGUGCAUCGUAUAGUUCAUCGCGAUCAUCUUCUACCUCUUCAUCUGACGAACCACCACCAUCCAUUGUUGGUGAAGAGGGAAAUGGAAAUAGUCGUCGUAUAUCGACUCCUCCCAACAAUAUCAGUCCUCCCCUUUCACAAAGUCCAUCAACUAAAAUGUUAAAUUCAAAAAUUAAUGAAACUAAACAAACCGAUAAUGUAGAUAAUAAUAAUAACAAUCAAAAUAAUAAUAAUAAUAAUAUUAAUACCGAAGAAUCAUCACAACAACAACAACAACAACAAACACAACAAGAAAACAACGAACAACAACAACAAAAAUCAGAAACAAUUGUAGAAGAACCAAAAGAAAUCAAAGAUAAUAAUAAUAAUAAUAAUCAAAAUAAUAACACCAAUAACACCAACAAUAUUGGUGGUAAUAAUAGUGUAUUUAAAACUGUACCAGUAACACCAACAAAAAAACAAGAAAGAGAAGGGUCAAUUAAUUUAUCAGAGGCACGUGAAUUGAGUGGAAGUGGAGGUAUUAGUGCCAGUAACAAUAAUACUCCUGUCAAACCACUACCACAACAACCACAACAACAAACGACAUCUUCUUCAUCAUCUUCUACUUCUUCAAAUAGUACCAAUACAACACCAGUAACUACAAGAAGAAAUAAUGCUACUACUACUACACAAGCACCAAAUAGAACAGAUAGUAAUGGUAACUUAUCUUCAUUCAAACCAACUGCAACGACCAACAGUAAUGUACAACAAAAAGAGGCAAUAGUAUUACCAGUUUCAUCGCCAUCACCAGUAUCGGUGGCAACUGCAGCUGUUGGCAUUUCAUUUGCACAAGUUCCAUUACGUGAAAAGUGCGAUCAUAUUUCAUUAUCAGAUUUUGAUGAACAACCGUGGAUGAAUGAACGUUUCCCAAUCACUGUUGAAGAGUUUUAUGCGGUCAUUGUAAAGAGUGACUUUUGGGGACAGGUCAACACUACACACGGAUACACCGAGCAGACUGUCAGCGAGUGGAAGACAGGUUCUUGUUGUAUCGAGAGAAACAUGGAUUUUAGAACAGCCAUUGCAUUCAAGAUUGGACCAAAGAGUACUCGCGUCAGCCAAGUCCAACGUUGUCGUCUUCGAAACAAGGACGAAUUGGUCUUCCAAAGUUCAUCGUGUUCAAAGGAUGUUCCAUACGGUGACUCAUUCUCGGUCGAGAAUCUUAUGCAAGUACAUACUGCUCACGACGACGCAUCAGCAUGUGUUAUCAAGUUGUCGGGCAAGAUCAAGUUUACAAAGACGUUGUGGGGUAUCAACUCGAUGAUCCAAAAGUCGGCAUCACAAGGCAACAAAGAGUUUUUCAUGCUCUGGAUCACAAUGGUGCGUAACCAAAUCGAAGCCUAUGCAUUUAACAAGUUAAAGUCGACUCUACAAAAACCGUCGGCUGCUCCACAAGUCGCUGCUGUAGCGGCUGCCGCCUCGACACCCGUCCUCCCCUCACCAGGCACCAUCCCACAGUCUGUCACAUCGGCAUCUAUCCCCAGCCCAGCUCCUCACCAACAAGUAUCCAUCACCUCGGGAGGUGUCAUUACAGUCUCCAAAGACCACCCCUCACCAGCAAGCGGUGGAGCUACAUCGAUGGUCGACGGUGCCAACCAGUCUGGCGGCAUGGUAUCGACAUCAUCCAUCUCGUUAAAGACACUUUGGGACAACCUAAAGUCAACCGAGAAACAACUAGUCUAUGGCGUUGCAGCCGUCAUUGGCAUUAUAUUCUUUUGUUUGAUAUGGUCUGUAUGGUCUAGCUCUGCUACAUCAAGUCGUCUCAAUCGCGAGAUUUACAAGUUCUCAGACUCGAUUGUCUUGUUGGAUUCAAAAUUGAAUGCUAUCAUGAGACCAGAUGGCGGCAUUGAUCACCAAGACCGUAUAGUCAUUACACCAACCAAUUUGGGUGGAGAAAGAAUCGAUAGUCUCCAACGACAAAUGGAAACUGCAGCCAUGCUCUUGCAAAAAACCCAAAGUCUAUUAUCCGGUCUUCAAGGUGAAUUGGCCAUCGAAGCACUCAAAAUCAAAAGUCAACAUAAUAAUCCAGACUUGUAUAGUGACGGUCUAUCCCCUUCCUCCUCCUCAUCAUUUUCAUUUACCACCAUUUUUACUGCCAUUUUAAUCAUUGUUCCAUGUUUAUAUUUUGCUGGUAAUUGGAUUAAAUCAAAAGUUUAA